AGUUGGUUGGAGUCCUGAGCUGAUUUAAAAUGCACUACUGAAAUGGCUAACAGAACAAACUCCUCCGAGUAUUUUUGGUCUUAUGAAUAUUACUGGGAUUAUAUAGACCCAAUUCCGGUAGAUGGAAGGAAGUUGAAGGUUAAUAAAUAUACUAUCGUCAUAGCCUUUUGGGUUGGGCUUGCUGCAUUUGUGAUGUUUCUCUUCCUUAUUUUGCUUUAUAUGUCCCGCUCCGGAUCGACACCAAUAAAGCAGGUGGUUGCAAGGAACCAGGUAGAAGAAAGCAGCUCCAACGGUGAGCAGCCUCACUGCGAUGAUCUCAGUAGCCCAGACUCAGAUUUGAUUGUUCCUGAAACACCAAACUCCCUUUCUGAGGAAACUGGCAUUCAUGGAAGUAUCUCAGCCUGAGUUUAAAUUGGGACCGAUUAUAAAGAAACAGCAGUGCAGUCCUCCUGACUACAGAGAAAAGAUCAAUGCUCUGACUACCUAUUAAACACUGAUGCUACAAAGCAGAAUUAUUUCAGAAAAGAAGAACAAUUUCUUUCAAAGGCCAGAAUUAAAAAUCCCAGACAGAGAAGAGGAAAUCCUAACAGCCAUAUUUG